CAGCUGUGCUGCUUUUUGUUUAGAUUUUGUAAAUUGUUGAUUUCAGGCAGUAAAGAGCUAUUUUUCUUAGAGUUAAAUAAUAAGAAACACAUUCGAAAUGGAUCCAGCACUGCUUCGCGAGCGCGAGGCCUUCAAAAAGCGGGCGAUGGCCACGCCCACCGUGGAGAAGAAGUCCAAGCCCGAUAGACCAGCUCCGCCUCCGUCCAGUGAUGAGUCCAAGCGCAAAAUGCGUCCGCCCACGGCUCCCAAGCUGGACGCUACAACAUACAAGACCAUGUCUGGCAGUUCCCAGUACCGUUUUGGAGUGCUGGCCAAGAUUGUAAAGUUCAUGCGCACACGUCACCAGGACGGCGACGACCAUCCACUGACCAUCGAAGAGAUUCUGGACGAGACCAACCAGCUGGACAUUGGGCAAUCCGUAAAGAAUUGGCUUGCUAGCGAGGCUCUGCACAACAAUCCCAAGGUGGAGGCCAGUCCCUGUGGCACCAAGUUCAGUUUCAAGCCAGUCUACAAGAUCAAGGAUGGCAAAACGCUGAUGCGUCUGCUUAAGCAGCACGAUUUGAAGGGCCUGGGCGGCAUUUUGCUCGACGAUGUCCAGGAAUCUCUGCCACACUGCGAAAAGGUGCUGAAAAACCGAGCAGCGGAAAUACUUUUCAUUAUUAGACCCAUUGACAAAAAGAAGAUUUUAUUCUACAACGACAGGACAGCUAACUUUUCGGUGGACGAUGAAUUCCAGAAGCUAUGGCGCUCGGCUACGGUCGAUGCCAUGGACGACGCCAAGAUCGACGAGUACCUCGAGAAGCAGGGCAUUCGCUCCAUGCAGGACCAUGGCCUCAAGAAACCAGUUCCCAAGCGCAAGAAGGCGGCCAACAAGAAGCGGCAGUUCAAGAAACCCAGAGACAACGAACAUUUGGCCGAUGUUCUGGAAGUCUACGAGGAUAACACACUAACGCUGAAGGGUGUGAACCCAACGUAGAAUAAGUACAUUAGAUUAUACAAAUAAAAACAACUCUCAAUGGAAUUAAGUGCACUCGAA